AUGAAAAGGAUUUUGGCUCAUAUUUGUCUGCUGGGAUGUCUUUUGCAGGCUUUGACAGAGCCUCUCUCAGCCUCAGAGUUUGUUUUGGAUGGAAAUUUUUCUAUUGGAGGACUUUUUGACAUUCAUCAAGUCAGCGACAGCCUUUCAGGGGACAGACCAGAGGCCAUCAUCUGCUCAAGUCAACCUUUCAUUCUGUCAAGUUAUCGGAGAUUUCAGAUGAUGAGAUUCUCUGUAGAGGAAAUCAAUAACUCUACAAAUCUGUUGCCAGGUGUAACUCUUGGCUAUGAAAUAUUCGACCACUGCUCAGGCAGACAAAAUUUCCCUGGUAUUUUCAACCUCAUCUCUGUUAAUGGUUUCAUCCAACCUUGGAAUGAAUCACUGAGGAACGCGUCAAAAAUGAUUGCAGUGGUUGGAACCUACACAAGCACAGCAACGCUGAAUUUUGCCCCUCUGUUCAUGACGGAUCUCAUUCCUCUGGUCAGUUAUGGGGCUUCGAGUUCUGUCUUCUCAGAAAAACAUAAUUUUCCAUCUUUCUUAAGAACAAUACAUCCUAACAAAGAUGUUAUAGAGGUUAUUUUGAUGAUUUUGAAAGAAUUCAACUGGCGCUGGGUUUCAUUCCUUCACAUUGAUGAUGAUUACGGCAGAGACGGCCGGGACGUGUUCAUCAACAGAAUCGAGAAAACAGAGAUCUGUCUGGCCUACACAAAAGGCCUGGAUCCUUACACAAAUUACACAAAGCUUUUCCAAAUUGUCGAGCCACUCGGGGUUAAUGUCACGAUCGUUUUCGCACCAGAAUGGACGGCUGAAGCCCUCAUCAAGGCCGCCAUAGACCACGACAUCACCAACAAGGUGUGGAUAGCUGUGGAUGCCUGGUCCUUACACAAGAAGCUUCCCAAAGAAACUGAAAUCAGAAAAAUUGGGACCGUAGUUGGGAUUGCAGAGCCAGUGAUGACAAUACCAGGCUUCAGUGAUUUUAUACAUUCUUUUAAAGCCCAGUCUCAACAGGAAUAUGCAAAUAAAGAAAAGCUCUGUAAUCAGGUCUGCAACUGCACCAGUGUGACAGCCGAAGAUAUCAUCAAUGCAGACCCUUCUUUCUCUUUUUCUGUCUACGCGGCUGUGAAUGCCAUCGCCCAUGCUUUACAUACCGUCCUGCAAUGUGAAGCUGGCAAGUGUAAGAGCAACACAACAGUGCAACCACAUAUGAUGUUAGCAGAGCUAAGGAGAUCAAAUUUUACACUCCUGAACCAGACGAUUCAGUUCGACAAGAACGGUGACCCCAAGUAUGGAUCGUAUUCAAUAGUUUUCUGGAACCAGAGCGGUGAUGCAGAGGAGGUUGGGUUUUACAGGUCCCCUUCUCUCCAGUUCUCCAUCAACAAGAGCAAAAUCAAGUGGCAUGGAAAUGGGGAGGUGCCUGUGUCGCUCUGUUCCCAGGAGUGUCCUGAAGGGUUUGCAAAACAUCAGGAAGGAACUCAGAAAUGCUGCUUCAAAUGUAAUAUUUGUCCAAGAGGAACUUAUAUUAAUAGUACAGUGUAUUCUAACAACUGCAUGAGCUGUAAGGAGACAGAGUGGUCUGAAGCAGGAAGUACGUCCUGCAGUGAGCGGCUGGUAGAGUACAUGCCUUUCUCACAUGGUGGCGCUGUGGUGAUCAUCCUCGGUGUGUUGAUCUUCAUGGGUCUCACCGCAGCAAUAUCUGUUCUCUUUAUACACAAUUACAAAACACCUGUGGUUAAAUCUGCUGGUGGUCCAGUGUGCUUCCUCAUUUUGGCAUGCCUGAGCCUGUCGAGCGUUAGCGUGUUCUUUAACUUUGGUAAGCCCACACCUGCUUCUUGUGUCUUGAAGUACUUCCCAUUUUUGUUUUUCUUUACUAUUUGUAUUGCAUGCUUCUUAGUACGUUCUUUUCAAAUUAUUUAUGUGUUUAGAGCAGCUACUGGGUACCCCACCUUCCUCAGCUGGUGGAAGAAAUGCAAUGGACAGUGGUUGGUCAUUAUUGUAAUAUCAGUCAUUCAAGCAACAUUACUCAUUUAUGGAUAUUCCUCGGCCCCCCCAAAGCCUGGCAAUAUUACACUUCCAGAGACAAAAACAAUCACACUUUGUUGUGAUCAACAUUUUCAAGCUACGUCUGGUUUUUUGAUUUUGUUUUCAAUAUUGUGUUGCCUUUCCUUCAUUUUUUCCUAUAUGGGAAGAGAGCUGCCAAAGAAUUACAAUGAAGCCAAAUCGAUAACGUUCUGCCUCCUGUUGCUGUUCAUAAUCUGGAUCAUAUACGCCACAACGCACCUGCUUUACCACAGAUAUUACACCUCAACUCUUAAUGCUCUGGCAAUACUUUGUAGUCUCUACUCAUUUCUCUUCUGGUAUUUCCUGCCAAAGUGUUAUAUUAUUGUUUUUGAACCGGAGAAAAACACACAACAGUACGUCCUAAGUCUGAUUCAGAGUUACAGUGAGACAUCUUGGUGAUAAGCUUCCAGCUCAACUUUGUUGUGAAACCAGUAAAUAUUUAUUUGUAACUGUUUUUU